AUGGCAUUGACCAUUCAGGUGCUUCUCUUACAAGUUCUUACCAUUGUUUUUUUCUUGGUUCUUUUGAAGAGUGACGCUCAGCUAAUGGUUGAAGUUCCUCCAUUGAUGAAAUGCAAAUUUGAUAAAAUAUAUCAGUUGGGUGAUUCACUUUCUGAUACUGGAAACUUCAUCAGAGAGAGCUUCCUCGGAGCAUUCUCUCCAUUUGCAAAACUUCCUUAUGGUCAAAACUUUCCCCAGAAUAAAUCAACUGGACGAUGUUCUGACGGUUUGCUCAUGAUCGAUUUCAUAGCACAGGGAUGUGGUCUUCCUCUGCUAAAUCCCUACAAGGAUCAAAAUGCGAAUUUUACACAUGGAGCAAAUUUUGCAGUAGCAGGAGCUACUGCUUUACCAACUGAAAUCAUGGUAGAGAAGAAGAUUAGUUCUAAUUCACUGAUCACCAAUAGUUCAUUAAGUGUGCAACUUGAUUGGAUGUUUUCUCAUUUCAAAUCCACAUGCUCUAGUGCUGAUUGCUCAGAAGACCUAAAAAGGGCACUUUUCCUGGUUGGAGAAAUAGGAGGAAAUGAAAUUAAUUAUGGUUUAUUGCAGGGUAAACCCAUAGAAGAGUUGAGAGCUAUGGUCCCUGAAAUUGUUCAGAUCAUUAUUAAUGCUGUUAAAGCAGUCAUUGGAUUUGGGGCUGUCCGAAUUGUUAUUCCUGGAAAUUUCCCAAUUGGUUGUAUACCAAAUUUGCUAACAACGUUUUCUACCACUAAUUCAACUGCCUACAAUGAGUACCAUUGCUUGAAAGAUUUAAAUAACUUAGCAAUCUUCUACAAUGAUCAUUUGCAAAAAGCCAUUCAAGACCUGAAGAAGGACUCUCCAAAAAUUAUACUCAUUUAUGGUGACUAUUAUAAUGCGUAUCAAUGGCUUCUGAAAGAUGCCACAAAUCUUGGAUUUGGAAAAAAUUCUCUACAAAAAGCUUGUUGUGGAAUAGGGGGAGAUUAUAAUUAUGACAAAAGUAGAAUAUGUGGAGCUCCUGGAGUGCCAAUCUGUGGUAAACCUGGUACUUUCAUAAGUUGGGAUGGAGUUCAUUUGACACAAGCAGCAUAUAAAUGGUUGACAAAAUGGCUAAUUGAUGACACGUUACCUAAAUUGAAUUGCCAAGUUUAGGAUUUCUUUUCUUUUUUCUUGGCAAAGUUCAUUAAUCAGAAUGUAUAUUAAAAUAGCCUUCUGAUUUCUUUCUCUGUAUAGAGCAGUGCAUAACCAAGACCAAGCAAUUUUCA